CCUAACAUCCACAUUCUAUAAAUAUCUAGAAAUUGGAAUCAGUGUAGGACCUGUGUCUUGCGUGGAAAUUAUUCUUGGUGACAAUCGCGGCAAUCACAUGAUAUUACCACAUCAAAUCUGGAAGGAGAUUAUGCACAAACGCACAGACUUCGAUCGACUCCUGCAACAGGCUGAAACUUCGCCGUUUUGGAUUCGCGACUUGUCAAUCAAAAGUGAUAAAAUACAGAAUGCUAAAGUUCUGAAACUCACUCUAUUCGGCAAUAUUUUAUAUGUUAAACGAAAAACAUUGGAUAGGUUAUUUGUUUAUGAACAAUGUAUUGACCAUAUGUAUGGAUGGCUUUGUGAGAAUACACAUCUUGUUGACACAAAGUUUAAAAGGUUUGUAAAGAUUUUACAACAGAAUAACAUCACCGGCGUAUGUUACGAGUCAAAAACCAUUGAUUGGGAUUAUGCUGCUAAAGUGAUACGUGAUAACGAGGAUUUCGGUUGCGACUCGCUUGUUGAUUGCGAACUAUUGGCUUGUGCUUUACCCGACAUUGUACAUUACGCUUUGGAACAUGAUUUGUAACCUCUAGUUUUAAUAAA